ACCAAGCGUCAUAUACCAGUAUAUAGCUAUAGGUAUUGCAAAGUUAAACUUGGAGUCAGCUUAAGAUGUGAUGCAAGUACCCGUUAAAGCUAACAGGAGGCAAAUAAUUCGAACAAAGAGCCACUGAGUUCAUUGGUAAUAGAGGUUGUGAAAGCAGACCGUGUUUCGUCAGCAGUUCAAUUUAUUUGUGUUUAUUAUAUUUCGAUUGCUGUUGAAAAUUGGUUACGCUAGAGUGCAAGCAUAACAAGCGGGUAAUAUUCAUAUAUAUUGAUAUUCAUGUAAGUGAUCGAGGCUCUACGGAUUUCAAGAGAACUAUUAGUCAAGGUGCGGUAGUUAGGCUGGGUGGAACUAAGUCCGUUUAUGUCACAGCAACACGGGAUUUUUAAACAAGUUUGAAACCCAAGCUGAAUUUGAUUUGUUAUGGUUCAAGUUUCAAUUGUGUCUCCAAGUUUUUACGGCAUUGAUUUCAGAAAUUUAUAGCAAUUUUCGAAAUGCUAUUUGAAGUGGAGUAUUUUUCUGGACACAAAUGUAAUUGUAUCUGAAGAUUGGAUAGGGGAUCGAUUUCAUCUUAUUAGAGGACGAGUUGACAACUCGAGUGUUUGAAGCGGAGUGCUACGGUUUGAAGGACACCAGUCAAAACGACGGUUAUCUCCGAACUAACGACAUCGAGAUUUCGACUUCCCUGGCUACAACAAACGCCACUGUACAUCUCAGUUGUCAAGUUCCGAAUACCAGUAAUUCUUUGGAAGGAAGCUGCGCUGAUCGGACCAAAUCUUUUUAUUAAUCAAGACGUGAAACAUCAUGACGGAGCAUAGUGUCACCUCUGAAGAACGCCUAAAAAAUUUAGAAAGAAAAAAUCACCAAUUACAAUCAAAGCUGGAUAGCCUCUCAGAAUGGGCUAACCAUAUAGGAUCGACCAUUUCGCAGGGAAAUGUGGAUAAAAAGGUGGAGGAAUUAGCGGAGACGUAUAAAACUCUUGCUGCUAGUGAUGCUAAAAGACAAGCACAGCCUUCAGCCGGUACAGGCAGUGGCUCUCCGAAAAUGAAAAGCAAACAAACACAAGAUCCAAGAUGGCGGCGUUUCCAUUCUGCAAGCGCGUCCCCGAAUCCCGAAAAAUCAUCUACAAAUGAACAAAGUUCCACUGUACUUUCUGAACAAAAAAACGUAAUUUCAACAUCAGGAUCAACGUCAGAUUUGAAGGAUGAAAAUCCACAAAAAAUACCAGAUGUGACGUCACAAGAGACUCAGCCUCAGGGUCCACGUCAAGACAGCCCACAAACCUCGCGUAAGAUUGAGACAUCUCCGCGUCAAGGCCGUGUGGAACCCAAGAAACAAUGUUCCGUGGAAAUAAUCGUUACAGAUUUGACAACUGCGACACCUAUAGGCCAUACUCGCAACGGCGGUGUAGAAAUUAGAAACGACGAAGGGCAAAUGCGUGUAGGCCUACCGGUAAGAUCACGACCACGCAGCAAUUCCUUUGAUGUGGGAGCAGAUAUGAGACGGCUGCAGCGAUAUAAAGCACAGGAAGCAAAAAUGGCCGAGGGCACAAAAUUGCCCAAAUUACAACCUGUUCGUUCUGCAUAUUCUGAAGGGUCUGAAUCGCUUUUGCAUCCCGAAUGGUCCAAGCAUUCCUCCAUGGCAAGCUCAGAUACUAGCUAUCUUCAUGGUGCUACCCAGAGAAGACGGGCAAGUUCGUUCGGCGGUAUCGAGGUGACAAAGUCGCCAGAUGCCUUACGUCGCCGACGGCCAGCGUCUGCGUCUGUGUCUGCCAGGCAGCUGGAAGCGAUUGAGGCUCUUGGGGAAACGAAACUGGAACAGAUUCGUCCCCACCGAAAAUACGGUGCCAGUCAAGCAGGUGCCAUUCCAUCUCAUCUCCACCCUGAGUUCUUUCAUCUUUACUUUCGCGAUAAUGCACAUGGCUGUAGAGACAAAACCAACGACAGUCACUUUGUUAGGCAACGUUCUCAUUCAAUGGGUGCUUACGACGCAAAAAAUUACAGACGGACACAUCUGCAAAGAAGCAGGGUCGAGAUGGACCCAGAUCAUCAUGGCGUGACGUCAGAAUCAGCGCCACCUAUACCUGAGUGCAGAAUUAUGUCGUCACUUCGUCCUUCUACAGCGGCCAACACGUUUGAGAUACAGACGGGAGAACACGGCCUUGCGUCAUGGUGUGGACUGAGUAAGAAAACACUGGGACGAAUACAGGCACGGCACCAUAAGAGCAUGGACGCCAUACCAAAUGAUACGCACUCACACAAAUGAAAUGUUUUUGCUUUGGGAAGUGAGUGUUGUUUUCAAAAUCAGUGCUGGUAGAGCUUGAAAACGGCAACCGAACACCAAAUUAUACAGUUUUGUGAUCUUUUCAAACUCGUCAUCGUCAUAAAAAGAUUGGCAUUUUGCGUUGCUUUAAUUUGGAUUUCAGAACAGGUAAUUUUACUUUCACCCUGUAUAAUGAUAAAACUAAAAAAAAUCCAUGUUUCUCUUCCCUUUUUGAUGUGAAACAGUUCUCUGGAACAGGUUUACGAUCAAGCUGCGAACCACAAAGUGGAGAUUCAAGAUUCAUAUUUCAGUGACUGAUAGAAAAGUCUACUCUAAAGCAAUUUCAGUUAAUGUUGAGACGCAUGAAAACCAAUAUCAAAAGUUGGUUGUGGCUUUAUUUUGAGAUCUUAGUUCAAAAAUUGUCAAUCCACUCUGAUUCAGGGUAAAUCAAAAAUGUUCCAUUUAAACACGGCAGCUGUCGGUCUAGAGAGAUAAGACAGUUCUCACUUUUAGAAAAAUAAUCAUGUUUGAGUACCUCAAAUAAGUAUGCUGCUGAAACGAGCUAGUGCCUGAAUGAAACGUAACCCUGGGCAGGUUUGAGUUAAUUUUUCCAGCAAAUUGACACACUUUGACAUCGGACAUUUCAAACUAUAUUUAACCUGAGAGAUGAAGUAGAAAUGAAGCC